GUUAGCGUUACCUGUUCUAAUGGGUAUUUCAUCUCUCCUGCUCUCUGUUUGCAAGGGUUUCGAGGUCCAUAUUCUCUGCAAAUAAACGGCAAGAGCCCUGGGAUAUCGCAUCCGAUCUCUGAGAAAAUUUCUUGAUUUUUAUCCUUAUUCUUGUUCUGCACAUCGAUUCAUCUCUGGUUAUCAUCCUCGGUGUUUCAGAUAUAGAAUUGGAGCUAACUUCGUAGAAGAAUCACAGAUGAAGAUGAUUCUUCCGAUGGUGUGGUGAUGAUCUAAGGUUUUUUUUUUUUUGGUAGUUGUGGGGCUGGUUGUCUAUCUUUUUGUAGCAGGUUCUUGCUUCAAAUUCGAGGCAUGGAUGCCGAUAUCUUGGGGGUGGUGAAGCAAAACUGUUUGAAUUAUCGGGAUAGAUGUUGAUAUGCAUGGUUUUGAUGUGUAGUUACUGAGCUCGAGGGUUACGUUUAGCUUUUCUUGAGGUGUAAACUACUGCGUUUUGUGAUUUUGAAAGGUGGUGGUGGUGAGAUCUAGGGUUUGUAUUAUUGGUUUUGAUGUGUAUGAGAUAUAGAAUUUUGUUAUGAUGGAUAUGGAACUCGUUGGGGAUGUUGCUUCACUCGACCCCGAAUUGUUACAGCUUCCGGAGGUGUCUCCAUUGGCGCUUAAAUCGAACCCUAUCAUUGCUGAAGAGUUGUUUUCACAGUGGCUUUCACUUCCAGACACCAGCCGACUGGUAAAAUCUUUGCUUGACGAUGCAAAGGCGGGAGCUCUCAUAAAUGCCCCUGGUAACUCUACUACAGCCAAUGCCACUGCCAGCAAUACAUUGCCUUCAAUGUUUCCUGCUGGCAGCGCACCUCCACUUUCACCAAGAAGCAUAUCUGGUUCUCCUCGUGUUAUGAAACAGAGAGCAGGUCCUUCUUCUUUAAGUUCUCCUCUAAAAGUAGUAAGUGAACCAGUGAAGGAAAUCAUUCCUCAGUUUUACUUUCAAAAUGGGCGUCCUCCACCAAAUGAACUGAAAGAGCAGAUUUUGUUUAGAAUUGAUCAACUUUUCUAUGGUCACACGGAUGGACUGCAAAGUCAUGAAUUUAAGGCUCUUACGAAAGAAAUCUGCAAGUUACCAUCAUUUUUCUCCACUGCUCUUUUCAGAAAGAUUGAUUCUAACUGCACUGGAGUUGUAACAAGGAAUGCAUUUGUUGGUUAUUGGGUCAAUACUAACAGGAUGACAAUGGAUAUAGCAGCACAAAUAUUUACAAUUUUAAAGCAAUCAGAUUGUAAAUACCUCACUCAGGAUGAUUUCAAACCUGUUCUUCAAGAACUUUUGGCAACUCAUCCGGGAUUGGAAUUCCUACAAAGCACACCUGAAUUUCAGGAAAGAUAUGCUGAAACUGUCAUAUACAGAAUAUUUUACUAUGUGAAUAGAUCAGGAAAUGGCCAUCUUACACUCAGGGAGCUGAAACGUGGAAAUCUAAUUGCUGCAAUGCAACACGCAGAAGAAGAAGAGGAUAUUAACAAAGUUCUGAGGUACUUCUCGUACGAACACUUCUAUGUGAUUUAUUGCAAGUUUUGGGAGCUGGAUACGGAUCAUGAUUUCUUGAUUGACAAAGAGAACCUUAUUAGAUAUGGUAACCAUGCUCUUACCUACAGGAUCGUUGAUCGAAUUUUUUCACAGGUUCCAAGAAAGUUCACUAGCAAGGUUGAGGGGAAAAUGGGUUAUGAAGAUUUUGUUUACUUUAUGCUGUCAGAGGAGGAUAAAUCAUCUGAGCCUAGUCUUGAGUAUUGGUUCAAGUGUAUAGAUUUGGAUGGAAAUGGAGUUCUUACUCCCAAUGAAAUGCAGUUCUUUUAUGAGGAGCAGUUGCAUCGGAUGGAAUGUAUGGCCCAAGAACCGGUGCUUUUUGAGGAUAUUUUGUGCCAAAUGGUCGACAUGAUUGGGCCAGAGAAUGAGAGUUAUUUUACAUUGCGUGACUUAAAGGGCUGCAAACUGUCUGGAAACGUUUUCAACAUCCUUUUCAAUCUUAAUAAGUUCAUGGCCUUUGAAACUCGUGAUCCAUUUCUUAUUCGUCAGGAACGUGAGGAUCCAACUUUGACAGAGUGGGACCGCUUUGCCCAUAGAGAAUAUAUAAGGCUUUCAAUGGAAGAAGAUGGUGAGGAUGCCUCCAAUGGAAGUGCAGAAGUUUGGGACGAGUCACUUGAAGCUCCCUUCUGAGUCCAACUAGUUGCAUAUGAGAAAGCUCUGGAUGCUUUUACGUGAACCUGGGCCAUUGAAUGAAGAAACACUUGUCACAUGAGAAUCCUCUUUGAACAGACUUAGCCGCUACAUGCACCCUUACAGGCAGUAAAUUUUCUGCCUGGCCAUGUGAAAUAUGUCUCAGAUGUGCGUAUUUUUCUGGCAGGCAACAAUCUGGCCAUGGUGCAAAUGAAGUGAGCAUGCACUAUAGAGAGAGAGAGAGUGCGACAGGAAAUGAAUCUGCUUGAAAAUGCCAGCUGCUUCCCUGGGGAAGCAGGGGGUAGUUGCUUACAAGUGAUGUAAUCAUCGUCCAGGUACCUAUAAUUUGAGAAUAUAAUGAGUCAGAUUUAUUUCGUCCUUUAUCAGGAAAUCUGUUCAAUUGAGUCUUGUUGCAUUUUUCCUCAACGUGUCCAUUGUGGGAAGUUUGAGCAGGUGUAGCUUAAUGGUCACAUGCUAUUGGGUUUUUCUUCACCUUAGAUGUUAACUUUCUUUACUGGAUUUACCGUGUAAGAAACCUUUUAUCUUUCGUAUUCAGAGAAUCUCAUCUUGAAAUGCUAUUUCUUUUUGCUGUUACCUAAUAAAAAUUCAUUUUCUUUUUUAA